UUCUAUCGGCUCGUCGACGUUUUUGCUAAGGAAAAUCAGCUAUAAAUUAAUUAAGGAAUCCGUAAUGCCUAGUAGGACCUAGGAGAGAUCUGCAUUUUGCAAUUCACAGUCCGGAGCAUUAGCUUCAGCUCCCAAAAUGUUUCUUCUACACUUAUUGUUUCGUUCCGCCUGUGGAAAAUGGGGGCAGUUUUGUACCUUUGCUUCAAGAUAUUAUGGGUCUUCACCUUCGUCGAAUUAUGCAUUGUGGCGUUCAUAAUGCUUUUGCACAAUACCGACAUGGCAGAGUUGAAGAAGCGCAUUUUACCCACAGGACCAACAGCAUCUCUGAAAGUCAGUUAUCGUCUCAAUCAUGAAAAUGUGGAUAGGAAUAUCGUAGAACUCUCAGAGAGACUCGCGAAGGAGAGACGAGAGGUGAAAAAGAAGUAUUAAUUAUUUUAAGAAGUAUUAAUCUUUCUAUCUCUCGUUUUAACUUGUGCACAUUAAUCCUUGAAUCAAAUAAUUCUUACGUGACAUUGGACAAACCGAUGCCAAUUUCGGGUAAACAACGCAGCUUCAACAAUCCCGAACUGAGAUAAAAAA